GGCCAACCGGCUCCUUCCUUCCUUCCGUCCCUCCCGCCCCGGCUCCCGCCCGCCGGCUCCGGGACCGCGGCCACGUCUGAAAGCGCCUCAUUGUGCGCGCUCUUCUGCGGCCGGCAGCGCGGAGCGGCCGCACGGGCAGCGCAGGGCUCCGGCGCGGGGGGCGGCGUCCGUCCCGGGGUAGGGGGGGCCUCCGGAGCAGGGGUGCCCGAGUCUGUGUCUGGCCGUGGCCGCACGACUGCGCCCCCCACACUUCCAUCCCGUUCUUAAGACGCCUCUCCUUCUCCAGGACACUCCCGCCCUGUUUCCAGGUUCCCUCCGCCUUAGGUCUCCAGGUGCCUCCACUCUCUCGGUGUCUGCGGAUCCGCGCCGGUGCCUCUCGGAGCCUUCCCCCCGGUGUCACCGGGGGGCCCCUUCCUAGCCUUGAGAGCCUACGGAGCACGUCAGCCCCUGCGGACUCGCCCGGGGAAGACACGGCCGGUUGCGGACUGCAACUUGGAAGAGGAGACGUCAGGGAGACUCUGCGGAGCCUCGGGAGUGGGGCGCCCGCCUCCCCCGCCGCGCCAGCCCGGGCAGGGGCGCCAGCUUCGGGCUUCUUCAUGGCAAAGCCCAAGAGGCUGGAUGUUACGAUCCUCGUUUUGCAGAGGAGGAAACAGAGCCUUGGAGAAGUGAAGUCACUUGUGCCCAGCUCCUCAGUGGCUUCAGAGGGCUCACUGGCCUCUACCCAGCAGGAAACGCGGCCCUGAAAAAUCUGCAGGCAUCGUCCAUGGAUUGUGAUUGAGGCGGGCGGCUCUCCCAGCAGCCCUGAGCUACAUGGGUAAACUGAGUUACAGACAGAUGAAGCGUGUGGUCCGGGAUCACAGGCUAGAAAGUGGCUGAGCCUGGUGAGGGCGUCCAAUCACCCAUCAAGCUGUGGAGCUAAACCUAAAAUUGUCUCUCUAAAAAGAAUUCUGAAGCAAAAGGCCCCCAGCUAGAGGCAUGUGGCUGCCGCGCGUCUCCAGCACGGCGGUGACCGUGCUCCUGCUGGCGCAGACCUGCAUCCUGCUUUUCCUGGUCUCCUGGCCCAGGCCACCGUCCACAGCCAGCGGCAAAGAGCGGGUGCACGUGCUGGUGCUGUCCUCGUGGCGCUCGGGCUCGUCCUUCGUGGGCCAGCUCUUCAGCCAGCACCCCGACGUCUUCUACCUGAUGGAGCCCGGGUGGCACGUGUGGACCACCCUGUCGCAGGGGAGCGCGCCGGCGCUGCACAUGGCCGUGCGCGACGUGGUGCGCUCCGUCUUCCUGUGCGACAUGGACGUGUUCGACGCCUACCUGCCGUGGCGCCGCAACCUGUCAGACCUCUUCCAGUACGCAGUGAGCCGCGCGCUGUGCUCGCCCCCUGCCUGCAGCGCCUUCCCGCGCGGCGCCAUCAGCAGCGAGGCGGUGUGCAAGCCGCUGUGCGCGCGGCAGCCCUUUAGCGGGGCCCAGGAGGCCUGCCGCGCCUACAGCCACGUGGUGCUCAAGGAGGUGCGCUUCUUCAACCUUCAGGUGCUCUACCAGCUGCUCAACGACCCGGCGCUCAACCUGCGCAUCGUGCACCUCGUGCGCGACCCGCGGGCCGUGCUGCGCUCGCGUGAGCAGACCGCCAAGGCGCUGGCGCGCGACAACGGCAUCGUCCUGGGCACCAACGGCACAUGGGUGGAGGCCGACCCCGGCCUGCGCGUGGUGCGCGAGGUGUGCCGCAGCCACGUGCGCAUCGCCGAGGCCGCCACGCAGAAGCCGCCGCCCUUCCUGCGAGGCCGCUACCGCCUGGUGCGUUUCGAGGACCUGGCGCGGGCGCCGCUGCCCGAGAUCCGCGCGCUCUACGCCUUCGCGGGCCUGAGCCUCACGCCGCAGCUGCAGGCCUGGAUCCACAACAUCACGCACGGGUCCGGGCCCGGCGCGCGCCGCGAGGCCUUCAAGACCUCGUCCAGGGAUGCGGUCAAUGUCUCCCAGGCCUGGCGCCACGCGCUGCCCUUCGCCAAGAUACGCCGCGUGCAGGAGCUGUGCGCCGGCGCGCUGCAGCUGCUGGGCUACCGGCCCGUCUCCUCCGAGAGCGAGCAGCGCGACCUCAGCCUGGACCUGGUGCUGCCGCGCGGCCCUAGCAGCUUCAGCUGGGCGUCCUCCACGGACGCACACCCCUAACCUUUGCGGACGCCCCCAGUUGUGGCGCUGGGGAGGGAGCUGGGCACGCGGGGCGCACGCCACUUAUUGGAGGGGCCAGGAGCUUGGGAGUCCUCUGUAGUAUGAACGGACUGGGUCCCCAGAGCUCCGUGUUUGUUCUUGCUUCUGAAUUUUCUUUUGAGUCUUCCUCAGCAGCUGGGUUCCCAUCGGGAGCACACUUCAUGGAAAACUGUGUCUGCCCCUUCCUCUGCGUGCAGGGAAUAAGCGCAGAUGACCUGGCUGCUCCUCCGGCGCUUUCUUCCUAAGUUUCUUUUCCUAUUGGAGGCGUCAUCCAGCAACUGAGAAGGGGUUCCCAGCCCUUCCUGGGAGUAGAGAGAGGCACUGUGGUGAGCUGGCCCGCAUUCCUGACUUCGUUCCCCCGUGUCCCACCACCACACUCAAUCAGAGCUGUUGGCGUUUAUAUUCACUUGGUACUUUCAGAAAGAAAUCAGACAAGAUGCUUCUUACCUCGUGGUCUCCCCGUAGCCUCUCUCUGCCCCAUCUCCUGGGAGCCCACGUGCCUCCAUUGCCUUCCAGUUAACCUGGGGUGAAGGUUUGAUUUGUCCUGACAGUAAUGGUCCUACCCACAGAAAUAGACAUCAUAAUUAAGCUUGUGAUGCUAGACUUCACAGUCUAAAGUUUGACAAACAAAACGCAAAACUGAAAGGACUUGUCCAAGGUCACAUGAUGAGGGGGAGGCAGGGAGGAGGGAGUUUUGCUCUGAGGCUACAUUUAGAAGGAGAGGGUCAGUCAGGCUUGCAGAGACCUGUCUCCAUCCUGAAGGAGGGUCAAAUUUUUCUAUCGUUUGUGUAAUGGAAGAGCAAGCAGCCAUGGCUGGGGGCACAGCCGCAGGAUAUAGGGGGUAAUGACAUGUCUGGGCCCAGAGUGCAGAACCUUAGAGAAGCUACCGGAUAAGCACCGAGGGAGGCUGUGAGGGGGAAAGGUGAGGGAGAAAGGAAGAAGGGCUGGGGGGAAGCUUCCAGAACCUCUGGGAUGCAGAACUGAGUGUGGUAAACUUUAGGGCAUGAGUUGGUGCGGGGACUGAUCGUUGUUAGCACAUGUGUCAGUUACCUCUGGAAAGGAGUGGGCUGUUGCCAUCAAUUGCCAGGAGGAAUAUUCUGCAGGUUGCUAGCUUCUUUUUUUCAGUCCAAGAGUGGGGCCUUGGAUUGGUGGGACCUCAAUUGUGGACCCCUAUUUUUGCUGCAGAGCAGGUGGUCAAUGGGGAAUCUGGUGUUUUCCACUUAUUUUCUUGCAGGGAGCAGAGAGAGACUGACCUUGAAGCUGAAGCUUCAGCAUACCUCCGUUAAGGAUCUGUCAAGCUGUAAAAACUUUAGGCCUCAUAAAACCUCAAUCAUGGGGAGGAUAUUUAACAUAUUAACAUGGGGAGGAUAUUUAAAACCCUGAAUGUAUAUGGGGGGCACCUGAAUGGCUCAGUCAGUUAAGUGCCUGACUUUGGCUCAGGUCAUGAUCCCACAGU